AUAGUGUACAGUCGAUUGGCUUUUCUUUCUCCCGCCUGGCCUGAGGGUUUAAGCAAACUCCAUUACCUCCUCCCUUCUGCAACUUAGGGUUUCAAUCUCCUUUUUUUCCUUGAAUGUCAACUUAGGGUUGAAAUCUCUUAGGUUAGGAUUUCCCGUGUUUUCUUUCUACUAGCGUUUCAUCACGCUCUCAUUCAUCUCUCUCAUUCUAGGGUUUUUCUCGAGGUUUAAGCCAUUCUCAUUCCCCUGGUCUUUUCUGCAGGUUUCAGUGAGUUGUUGUUCUCCUAGGGUUUUCAGAUAUCCAUUCUCCUUAGUUUCUCUUUUUCUUCUUCUGUCCAACCAGAGCAUUGUAAAUAUGAGCUUCUCGGCCUUUAAGCUUAUGCACUGGGCCACUGCUGUGGAGAACUGUGCAUCUGGCUAUAUAACACAUUCUUUCUCAGAUUUUGCAGCGAGUGUGCCUGCAAUUCAGAAUGAUGAUCCUGAUUCGGAAUGGGACCAGCCUCCUGUUAAAGCUAGAAUUGGGCCAAUCCCCAACCUCGUGAUCUCUGCUGCCAAUGUGCUUGAGGUAUAUGUAAUUAGGGUCCAGGAGGAGGAUUCUAAGGCAUCAAGGCAUUCUGGUGCUUCGUCUGGGUCUAAGGGUGGAGGUGUAGUGGCUGGAGUCUCUGGUGCCUGGCUGGAACUUGUUUGCCAUUACAGAUUGCAUGGUAAUGUGGAGACAAUGGCAAUUCUAUCUGCUGGCAGUGAUGAUGGUCGUAGAAAAAGGGAUUCCAUAAUUCUUACCUUUAAAGAAGCAAAAAUUUCUGUUUUAGAGUAUGAUGAUUCACUCCAUGGGCUUCGUACAAGUUCCAUGCACUGUUUUGAGGGUCCUGAAUGGCAGUAUCUGAAAAGAGGGCGGGAGAACUUUGCAAGAGGUCCCUUGGUGUAUGUUGACCCACAAGGCAGGUGUGGUGGCGUUCUUAUUUGUGACAGCCAAAUGCUAAUACUCAAAGCUUCUAAGGCGGGCUAUGGUUUUGUUGGAGAUGAUGAUGCUAAUGGCCCCACCGGAACUGUCUCUAUACGGAUUGAAUCUUCCUAUGUGAUUAGCCUUCGUGAGCUUGACAUGAAACAUGUAAAAGAUUUUGUAUUUGUUCAUGGCUAUAUUGAGCCUGUUAUGGUAAUUCUUCAUGAAAAGGAGCUGACUUGGGCUGGGCGUCUCUCAUGGAAGCAUCACACAUGCAUGAUUUCGGCAUUUAGUAUCAGUACAACCUUAAAACAGCACCCGCUCAUAUGGUCUGCCAGUAAUCUUCCUCAUGAUGCUUAUAAGCUCCUUAGUGUGCCUUCUCCAAUUGGCGGUGUGCUUGUGAUAUGUGCCAAUUCUAUUCAUUAUCAUAGUCAGUCAAUGUCAUGUGCUCUUGCUUUGAACGAUUUCGCGGUUGCUGGGGAGAACAGCCAAGAGAUGCCACGAUCAAAUGUUAAUGUGGAGCUUGAUGCAGCUCAUGCAACGUGGCUGUCAAAUGACGUUGCCCUGUUUUCAAUAAAAACUGGAGAACUGCUCUUGCUCACUUUGGUUUAUGAUGGGAGAACUGUGCAACGACUUGAACUUUCCAAGUCCAGAGCUUCAGUCUUGACAUCGGGUAUCACAACAAUCAGUAAUCACUUCUUCUUCCUUGGAAGCCGUUUGGGAGACAGCCUUCUAGUUCAAUUUAAUUCUGGGGCUUCACAAUCAAUUCUGACUUCGAGACAGGGAAAAGAUGAGGGUGUAGAAAUUGAGGGGGAUGCUCCUGCGGCGAAGAGGUUACGUAGGGCAUCAUCUGAUGUUUCACAAGAUGUAAAUGAGGAGCUUUCUCUGUACGUUUCGGCUCCAAAUAACUUAGAUCCUGCGCAGCAGAAAUCCUUUUCAUUUGCAGUGAGAGAUUCUUUAUUAAAUGUUGGUCCAUUGAAAGACUUCUCUUAUGGCCUGAGGAUCAAUGCUGAUCCAAAUGCUUCAGGAGUUGCCAAGCAAAGUAACUAUGAAUUGGUGAGCUGUUCUGGUCAUGGAAAGAAUGGCGCUCUUUGUCUACUUCAACAAUCUAUCCGUCCUGAAUUGGUUACUGAGGUUGAGCUUACUGGAGUCAAAGGAAUUUGGACCGUCUACCACAAAAAUCCACGCAGCCAUUCAACCGAUUCUUCUAAAGUUGCGGCAGAAGGUGAUGAGUUUCAUGCGUAUUUGAUCAUCAGCCUGGAGUCUCGAACAAUGGUCCUUGAAACAGCUGAUCUUUUAGGAGAAGUCACAGAAAGUGUUGAUUACUAUGUCCAGGGGAGCACCAUUGUCGCUGGCAAUCUGUUUGGCAGGCGGCGUGUUGUCCAAAUCUAUGUGCGAGGUGCUCGUAUUCUUGAUGGUGCUUAUAUGACACAAGAUCUUCCCUUUGGUCAUUCUAGUACUGACUCAACUUCAAACUCCGAGGCGUCAACUGUAUCAUCAGCGUCCAUAGCAGAUCCGUAUGUGCUAUUAAGGAUGGUAGAUGGUAGUAUCCAGCUACUUACUGGAGAUCCUGCUACUUGCACAAUCACUUCAAGUCUUCCAGCAGUCUUUGAAAACUUAUCUGAUCCAAUAACUGCAUGUACUUUUUAUCAUGAUAAGGGACCUGAACCAUGGCUGCGCAAGGCAAGUCCAGAUGCCUGGCUUUCAAGUGGUGUAGCUGAGGCUCUUGAUGGAAGUGAUGGGUCACAACAUGAUCAGGGUGAUAUUUACUGUCUUGUUUGUUAUGAAAGUGGGAGGCUUGAGAUAUUUGAUGUGCCUAGUUUCAAAUGCCUCUUCUCUGUCGAUAGGUUUUUGACUGUUAGGACCCAUCUUUUUGAUGCUCAUCAUCAGGAAUCUUUUAAAGAUCUCCAUAAAGCAAAGAGUUCGUAUUCCGAAGACAGUGAUCAACUUGAGAAAGAAGCUGUGAAGAACAUGAAAGUUGUUGAGUUAUGCAUGCACAGAUGGUCUGGCCAAUAUGGCCGCCCAUUCCUUUUUGCUGGUUUAGCUGAUGGAUCGACGCUUUGUUACCAUGCUUACUUGUAUGAGGGUCAAGAUAACAUGACCAAGUUGGAUGAUUCAAAUUCAGCUGAAAAUGUAGUCGAAGCCAGCAAUACAAGCACAUCUAGACUUCGAAAUUUGAGAUUUAUCCGUGUUUCUUUACAAUCAUUAACGAGGGAGGAAUCACCGGGUGUUGUUUCAUACAGAAAAAUCAUCACGUUCAUGAACAUUGGAGGCCAUCAAGGUGCAUUCAUUGCUGGGUCAAGACCAGCUUGGUUGAUAGUCUGCAGAGAAAGGCUAAGAAUCCAUCAUCAGCUUUGUGAUGGGCCCAUUGUAGCUUUCACUGUUCUUCACAAUGUUAAUUGCAACUAUGGGUGUAUAUAUGUAACAUCACAGGGGUUUCUCAAAAUUUGCCGACUGCCAUCAUGGCUGAAUUAUGACAACUAUUGGCCAGUUCAGAAGAUUCCUUUGAGAGGCACUCCACAUCAAGUUACUUACAUUGCUGAGAAGAAUCUUUAUGCACUAAUAUUAUCCAUUCCGGUAGCCAAACCAUCGAGUCAAGUUCUCACAUCUCUUGUUGAUCACGAAGUCAGCCAUCAAAGCGAACAUGAUAACUUAAAUCCUGAAGAUCUAAAUAGGUCCUAUUUCAUAGAUGAGUUUGAGGUGCGCAUUCUGGAACCUGCAAAAGCUGGUGGUCCCUGGGAAACAAAGGCCACUAUCCCAAUGCAAAGUUCUGAACAUGCAAUCACAAUACGUCUUGUAUCAUUAUCUAAUACUUUAACCAAGGAAACUGAUACACUUUUGGCCGUGGGGACUGCUUAUGUGCAAGGAGAGGAUGUCGCUGCAAGAGGGCGCAUAAUUCUGUACUCUGUUGGACAAAAUGCAGAUAAUCCUCAAAAUUGGGUCACGGAAGUUCACUCGAAGGAAUUGAAGGGAGCUAUCUCUGCUUUAGCCCCCCUUCAAGGUCAUUUGCUGAUUGCUUCUGGCCCAAAAAUUGUCUUGCACAAAUGGAAUGGUACCGAAUUGACUGCUGUUGCAUUUUUUGAUGCCCCCCUAUAUGUUGUGAGCUUAAAUAUUGUGAAGAACUUCAUUCUAAUGGGCGACAUUCACAAAAGCAUAUACUUCCUCAGUUGGAAAGAGCAAGGGGCUCAAUUGAGUUUGCUGGCCAAGGAUUUUGGCUCUCUCAAUUGCUACACCACUGAGUUUCUGAUUGAUGGAAGUACACUUAGCCUUGUAGUUUCAGAUGACCAGAAGAAUAUUCAGAUUUUCUACUAUGCACCUAAAUUGAUGGAGAGCUGGAAAGGGCAGAAGCUACUUCCAAAAGCUGAAUUCCAUGUUGGCUCACACGUGACCAGGCUGAUGCGCUUGCAAAUGCUCCCAACUUCUGAUCGAACCAGUGCAUCUUCAGGAACCGAUAAAACAAAUCGAUUCGCCCUCUUGUUUGGCACUUUAGAUGGGAGCAUUGGGUGCAUUGCACCCCUUGAAGAGCUCACAUUUCGCCGCCUGCAAAUGCUGCAAAGGAAGUUAGUGGAUCGUGUUCCUCAUGCGUGUGGACUAAACCCUCGGGCGUUUAGGCAGUUCAGAUCUAAUGGAAAAGCUCAUAAACCAGGUCCAGAUAAUAUGGUGGACUGCGAGCUUCUUUGCCAUUAUGAGAUGUUGCCUUUGGAAGAGCAGCUGGACAUUGCUCAUCAAAUCGGUACCACCCGUGCCCAGAUCGUGACGAAUUUGAGUGACCUCACUCUUGGUACAAGCUUUCUAUAAAAAUUUGUUUUUACUGGUAUCCCCAAAUAGAACAGGUGACCAACGCAAGCAGGCAACUCUCUCUCUCUCUCACACAGUAAGGAAACAUGGGUUUUCUAGUCAGUGGUUCCUUUCAUCUAAAGCCUAAGCUCGAUGGGAAGACUUGGCUGGUUUGCUUUCAACUCAUUGCACGUCCGUCCCUCCCUCCCUUCCCCCCUCAUUCCUCUCUCUCUCUUCUGUCUCCUCUCUCUCUCUCAUAUCACAGGUUCUUUUCAUCUGAAGUCUGGGUUCAGCAUGGUAAGUGUUCUGAGACGUCUAUAAUUUAUUGUAUAACCACUGUAAGUGGUUGUCCCGAGGGUUGUGAUCCUCUUGGUGCCCUCCUUGUAUGUAGUUUAACAAAGAGACUAGUGUAGAUUAACAAAUGAGACUAGUUGGACAGAAUUUUGACUAUCGGGAUACCUGCCAGGAGAUGGCAUCUGAAAUGCCAGGCUUAAAAGAUAUAUUUAUUAGCUCAAACAUCAUUUUAAAAGUGCUAUGAUAAACUGUUUGUGCUAUUUCCCAUUCA